AUGAAGAUCUUAUCCAAAGAAGAAAAAGACGCUCACGUUUCACAUAUCAUCUCUGAAGGUGCCAAAGGGUUGUUUUAUGGUGGUGCACUUUCGGUUGGUUUGUACCAAUAUUUAAAGCACAGACAUCCAGCAAGAUUUGCAACAUUCAAUCCAAGUAUCAAAGCAGCCAUAAUUGCCAUGCCAACAAUUUCUGUGGCUGCCUUUUUUGCCGAUCAAGGUUCUGUUGAGUUCGAUAGAAAGAUGCAUCAAUCGGAGUAUCAGGAAGCUAAAUAUUUGGAGGAAUACCGUGAAUGGAACAGAUUAUCGCUCAGUGACAAAUGUUUCACAGUAUUGAAUGAUAAUAAAUAUAAAAUUAUCAUAAGUGCUUGGGCAGGUUCCUUGUAUGGUUCUUGGGUCUUGGUUAACAGAGACAAGAUUAUGGAUACCGCACAGAAGGCUGUUCAAGCAAGAAUGUACGCACAAGGUAUCACAAUUAUAUUAUUAUUGGGUACCCUUUUGUUGGCCAUGAAAGAAGAGGAAAUAAAUAAGAAGAAACCAAAGCCAAUUCCAGAAUGGAAGAGAAUUAUCAUGGAGAAGGAAGCUGAAGAUAAGCGUAUUGCUGAUGAAGCCAGUAAAGUCGCCCAAGAAAAGGCUACGCAUUAG